AUGCUCUGGAACAAAGACCCUUCAACAGUUACCAUGACUCAAGCCGACGAAGCCCAGUCCAGAGGCCAGGUCGCCCCCAAAUGGCGCGGCACCCAGGCCGACCAGGCCGAUAUGAGCGCUCUGGGGAGAGACCAGGUCUUGCGGCGUAACUUCCGAUAUAUCUCCAUCGUAGGAUUUGGCUGCACGCUGAUCGCCACGUGGGAAGUUAUUUUGACUCUGCUGGCGCAAGGCCUGACCGAUGGAGGAACUGCCGGUUUGAUCUGGGGGUUCCUCAUCGUCGCUGCUGGGUUCCUUCUGGUGUUCCUGAGUCUGGCCGAGAUGGCAUCCAUGGCUCCCACCUCCGGUGGACAGUACCAUUGGGUAUCGGAGUUUGCCCCUCCUAGCUGCCAGAAAUUCCUCAGCUACAUCACCGGCAAGUUCUCCCCCGCCCCACCAGCUCAACCAAACUAA